GGCUCAACAGCGGGAACCGCGUCAUCUGGCAAGACAGUGGGCACCAAGUCACCAGGCACGACAGUGGGCUCUGAGUCAAUUGGCACAACAGCGGGCACCGGGUCAUCAGGUACCGGAUUGUCUGGCUCGACAGCGGGCAUCGGGUCACCAGGUAUGACAGCGGGCACUGGGUCACCAGGCAUCAGGUCAUUUGGCUUGCCAGUGGGCACCGCGUCAUCUGGCAAGGCAGUGGGCACCGGGUCACCAGGCAUUGGAUCGUCUGGCUCGACAGCGGGCAUCGGGUCACCAGGCAUCAGGGUCAUUUGGCUCGCCAGCGGGCACCGCGUCAUCUGGCAAGGCAGUGGGGGCACCGAGUCACCAGGUACGACAGCGGGCUCUGAGUCAAUUGGCACGACAGCGGGCACCGGAUCAAAUACCGGAUCAUCUGGAUCAACAGCGGGCAUCGAGUCAACUGGC